UCGAACCCGGGUCUUCGGGUAUAUAUAUAUAUAUAUAUAUAUAUACAGCUUUUUCCGAUUAAUUGUUGCCUAGCACUUUAUUACAGUGUACGGAUGGAUGGGAGGACAUGUUCUGCUCUUGAUGCUGUUCUUCCUCAGUAGUGUGAUUGAACACACACAUUUCUAUAGUUUAAGACUCUCCUCAAGAGACACGUGUGGUGAAAGAAGAGGAAAUCUUCUCCGAUUGCAGGGAAAUGUUGUAUGGUAGCAGCUGUGUUUGUGUCUGGAAAGCCCCGGAUCUGGUUCUCUAAGCUCAGAGAUGUUGUGGCGUUUACAUGCCCCCUGCUCCUCACCUAUUGACUUACUUUAUUAAAUAAACGCCCCUCAAAUCCUUCCACCAAAGUGAGUCUUUAUAGGAUUAGACGUGCGCAAACAGCCUCCAUCAGAGGGAUCCACUCUCUCCGGUGUGAUGGAGGAGCGCUGGCGUCACCAGAUGAUGAACUAAUGGAUGCAUCUACAGCUGUGACCCUUCAGACUUCCACCAAUGACACGCUUUCCACAUGUUACCAAGACCCGUCCACCCCUCGCCAUUUAAAACCUGCCAACCCGACCAAAGGCCGCUUUACACCUGUGGAAGAGAGAGGCACUGAGGCUCAUCUGGAUCUGGAAUAUAUUGGGAAUAAAUAAAGACCAACCAAUCAAUUUGUGGAGACAUCUGACUGAGGCUGAUGGUAAAGAAGUUCAGCUCUUCAGAGACACGAUGAGGGUUGUGCUGGUGUGUGUUCUGGCGCUUCAUCUGGCCGGGGUCAUGGGGCACUGGUGUGAACACACGGUGCAGGAGACGGUGGAGAGGAUGCUGUCCCCCCGUGAGCAGCGAGAGGUGGACUGUUCCUCGGUUUAUCAGUUUAACACACAGGGCUGGAGGCUGGACGUGGACCGGAUGCGGCACGAACACGGCGGAGACGACGGCAUCGCCCUUUAUUACAAGGGACAGGGGUCCAAAGCGUCCUGUUACAUAUUCAAACCUCCAGAGAUUGAGACGGAGACGCUGAACCGCACGCUCAGACAGUGUUGUGAAGGCUGGGCCGGCCCGCACUGCUCUCACGGAGUGGGUGCGCGGGGUCAGUGCUUCUCCACCUGGACGUGUGAGGAGUUCCCCGGGGUUGGUAACUCGUCCCUCAUGACGCUGGAGCAGUGCUGCGGUCACCUGUGGGGAUUGAGCUGGAGGAACGCAUCCGACCAGACGUGUCUGUCGUGCACAUACACACUCCUGCCCGACGUCAGGUCUUCUCCGGUCAUCCGUGGCGUCCGUGACCCGCAGGCGUCCGGCACCUGUAUGAGCUGGGGCGGGACACACUACCGUACCUUUGACCGGAAACACUUCCACUUCCAGGGCAGUUGCACGUACCUGUUGGCCUCGUCCACCGACGGGACCUGGGCCGUUUACUCCAGCUCAGUGUGUGACACCGCGGGACACUGUCGCAAGGGCCUGCGGAUGAUGUUGGGUCUCGGCUUGGUCUCUGUUCACAAAGGAAACAUGACAGUGAACGGCGUGUCUCUACCGCAGGGUAAACCGCUCUUCCAAAGCGGAGUCAGCGUUCACUGGCUGGGGGACUUUGUGUUUGUGGAGAGCGGUUUGGGCGUCAGACUGAAGUUCGACAUGGAGAACACCGUCUACCUGACCGUUACCGCAGAACACCUCACGGCCACUAGGGGGCUUUGCGGAGUUUACAACAACAACCCAGAUGAUGACUUCACUACCAGCGGUGGAAGUGUGUCUCAGUACGCCGCCAGUUUUGGAAACUCCUGGCGUGUACAAGAUCAGCAAGGCCAGGUGUGUAGUGAUGCUGCUGAGUUGGGCCACAGCUGUGAUCUCUCGAGUGACGUUACUCUUCGCCGUGACGCAGAAACAGCAUGUCAUCGUCUGAAGGAAAACCCCUUCUCACACUGCCAUCACCAGGUGGACCCCGGGCCGUACAUCGACACGUGUCUGUAUCUGUUCUGCAGUCUGGAGGCGAGCGAGAGAGAGACGGCGGUGUGCGAUACGCUAGCCGGCUACGUGCGCGAGUGUGCGACGCAACACGUCAUCAUCCGCUGGAGAAACGCCGGCUUCUGUGAGCGUGUGUGUCCGCGCGGUCAGGUGUUCUCGGACUGCGUGUCGUCCUGUCCUGCGAGCUGCUCGUCUCCCGGUCCCGCGGCGUCGGGUCAGUGUCGGGACGAGUGUGUGGGGGGGUGUGAGUGUCCCCCGGGGCUGGUCCUGCACGCGGGUCAGUGUGUGCGGCGGGCCGACUGUCCCUGUUUCCACCGGCGCCGCACAUACAGCGCAGGAGACGCCAUCACACAGAGGUGCAACACAUGUGUGUGUGGAGCCGGUCAGUGGGAGUGUUCUGGAGAGAGAUGUGAAGCUCAGUGCACUGUGAUCGGAGCGAUGCACGUCACAACAUUCGACCAGAAGAGAUUCAGCCUUCAGAGCGCAGACUGCCAGUUCACAGCCGUCGAGGAUUUCGUGGACCGGAAGUUGAGCGUGGGCAUCAGCGCAGGACAGUGUUCAGGAGGAUCUGCUGGGUGUCUGAGAGAGCUGAGAGUCACUGCGCUGAAGACUACACUCACUGUCACUGACUCAGGCUCAGUGCUGGUGAACGGUCAGCGAGAGCUUCUGCCGGUGGUCACAGGAGAUCUGAUGGUCCGAAAGUCUUCCUCCAGUGUUCUGCUGAUCCAGGCGUUCGGGGCUCGACUGAUGUGGCAUCUGGACGGGCCUCUUCUCCUCAUCACCCUACAGCCCGGCUUCGCUCAUAAGGUUCGAGGAUUGUGUGGCACUCUGACCUGGAGUCAGCAUGAUGAUUUCACCACACCCGAGGGGGACGUCGAGAACAGCGUGUCCUCGUUUGCCGCCAAAUUCAGAACGGGCUCCUGCCCUUUGCCCUUAGCGAUGACCUCUGACCCCUGCGGGAUGUACACCCAGCGGAGACAGUACGCAGAGAGUGUGUGCUCUGUGAUUCACAGCUCAGUGUUUCAGGCGUGUCAUGACGUGGUGGACCGAGAGCCGUACAUGCGUGUGUGUCUCAGUGAAGUGUGCGGCUGCGACCCGCUGAAGUCGUGCCAAUGCACCGUCCUCGCCGCUUACACCCGCCAGUGUGCCCAGGAGGGGGCGCCGCUCAGCUGGAGGAAUCGCACAUUCUGCUCGGUGCGGUGCUCUGGAGGACAGGUGUAUCAGGAGUGCGGGCGUCCGUGCGGGUCGUCCUGUGCCGAUCUGUGGAGCGGCUGGAGCUGCGAGGGCGACGAGGGCCGAGGGAACUGUGUGCCGGGGUGUCAGUGUCCCGCCGGACUGGCACAGGACACUCAGGGUCAGUGUGUGCCCGUCCACAUGUGUCCCUGCACACACGGAGGCCAGAUCUAUCCCGCGGGGAGCACCAGACAGAACAACUGCAACACCUGUGUGUGUGCGCGUGGCGUGUGGAACUGCACAGAUCUCUCGUGUCCGGAGGUCCAUCAGUGUCCAGGAUCUCUGGUCUUCUCUCCUCGGUCGUGUCUGAGGACGUGCUCCAGUCCCAUCUCUCCUCUGGACGCCUGUGCUGAGCCCAUCCACGGCUGUGUGUGUCCGGACGGGACGGUGCUGCUGGGUGAUCAGUGUGUGAAGCCAGACGAGUGUCCAUGUCAUCACAACGGCAGACUUUAUUUCACCAAUGACACCAUUUCUAAAGACUGCAACACAUGUGUGUGUGGCGAGCAGCGCUGGCACUGCGGUCAGGCGUUUUGCUCGGGAACCUGCGUGGCCACGGGCGACCCUCACUACAUCACGUUUGACGGGCGGCACUUCUCGUUCCUGGGCGACUGCGAGUACGUGCUGGCGCAGGAGUCCAGCGGGCUGUUCAGUGUGAGCGCAGAGAAUGUGCCGUGCGGGAGCACAGGGGUCACCUGCACCAAAUCUGUCACGCUCACCGUCGGGAACACCGCCAUACAUCUGCUGAGAGGGAAAUCCGUGACGGUGAACGGGAUUCCCGUGACUCUCCCGAAGGUGUAUUCGGGCAGCGGGCUGAUCCUGGAGCGGGUCGGGCUGUUCGUGUCCCUCUCGUCUCGGCUCGGAGUCUCUCUGCUCUGGGACGGAGGCAUGCGUGUUUACGUGCGGAUAACUCCUCAUUUGCGCGGCCGGGUUGGAGGAUUGUGUGGGAAUUUCGACGGAGACGCGGAGAACGACUUCACUACAAGACAAGGCAUCAUGGAGUCGACCCCGGAACUGUUCGGAAACUCCUGGAAGAUCAGCCCUUCGUGUCCUGAUGUCCCGGACCAGGAUCUCCGCGACCCCUGCGCUAUCAACCCUCACCGCGUGACGUGGGCCAAGAAGAAGUGUGCGGUGAUCAGCCAGGAGAUGUUCGGCUCGUGUCACUCAGAGGUGGCGUACCAGCAGUACUACGACUGGUGUGUCUUUGACGCCUGCGGGUGUGACUCUGGCGGCGACUGCGAGUGUUUGUGUACGGCUGUGGCUGCGUAUGCGGAGGAGUGUAACCGCAGAGGAGUGUACGUGCGCUGGAGGUCACAGGAACUCUGCCCGCUGCAGUGUGAGAACGGGCUGGUUUACGAGGCCUGUGGUCCCGCCUGUUCUCCAGCGUGUCCCAGCACUCCUUCCCUCUCUGAUUCUCUGUGCCGAAGCCUCUCCUGUGUGGAGGGAUGUUUCUGUCCUCACGGCACCGUUCGGCACGGUGAGGUGUGUAUUCCUCCGUCUCAGUGUCCGUGUGAGUGGGACGGGUCUUUAUUCCCGGCAGGAGCCGCUGUCACUCAACACUGUCAGAACUGCUCUUGCUCUGACGGCGCGUGGCGUUGCGUUGGGUCUCCGUGUCCUCCUCCGUCUCCCUGCGAGGACUCGGAGUUUCGCUGCUCGGCUGGAUCUCAGCGCUGUAUUCCCUCCGUCUGGCUCUGUGAUAACGAAGACGACUGUGGAGACGGUUCUGAUGAGGUCUGUCCGUUCACGUGUCCACCGGGUCGGUUCCGCUGCUCCACCGGAGCCUGUUUACCGCUGGAGCUCAGGUGUAACGGGCAUCCCGACUGCGCUGACCAAUCAGACGAGGACUUCUGUGAGCCGCACACGGCAGAACCCGGCUGUCCCGAUGGAGAGUUCAGGUGUGCUAACGGGCGCUGUCUGCCGGUGAGGAAAGUCUGUGAUGGGAGGCUGGAUUGUGGAUUUGCUGAUGAUUCUGAUGAGUACGACUGUGGGGCCGUGUGCCGGCCGGACGAGUUCCUCUGUUCCUCGGGCCGAUGUGUUCUGUAUCUGCACCGCUGCGACGGUCACGACGACUGCGGAGACUACAGCGACGAGAGAGAGUGUGUGUGUGCGCUCGGAGAGCUCCAGUGUCCCGGAGAUCAGUGUGUGUCCGCAGAGAGAGUGUGUGACGGUCACAGAGACUGUCCGUCCGGCGUCGACGAGCUCAUCUGUCCAGUCAAAGGUUGCAGUCAGUUUGAGUUCGGGUGUACGAGUGGCCAGUGUGUGCCGAUCGCGUGGCGCUGUGACGGAGAGACCGACUGCCUGGACGGGAGCGAUGAGAAACCGUGUUCCCGUACCUGUCAACCGGACCAGUUCCUCUGCCACAGCGGAGACCAGUGUGUCCAACACCAGCAUCUGUGUGACGGGACGCCCCACUGCAGGGACGCCUCAGACGAGAGCCUGGACAACUGCGGUUCCUUACGGAUUCCUCCCUGUCUGGACAGUUUCUCGUGUGAUAAUCGCACAUGUGUGAACGUUUCACGUGUGUGUAACGGGGUUCCCGACUGCCCUAAAGGAGAGGACGAGAUACUCUGCGAUAAAGUCAGGCCCUCCACAGCGCCCCCUAGUGAGCGAAACACCAGUCGCGUCUGUCCCGAGUUCACCUGUGCUGAUGGGUCCUGCGUUCCCUUCAACACGUUGUGUAACGGUGCAGCAGACUGUGUGUCGGACGGGUCCGAUGAGACGGGCUGUGGUGUUUGGGGCCCCUGGAGCCCCUGGAGCCCGUGCAGCCGCAGCUGUGGAUCCGGGACCGUGAGCCGGCAGAGACGCUGCCACCCAGAGGAUCCAGACGGACACUGCAGAGGAGAGCAAACACAACGACAGCAGUGUUACUCCACCGCCUGCCCGGUGGAUGGCUACUGGCUGCCGUGGGUCACAUGGUCGAACUGCAGUCAAGGUUGUGGUGGUGUUGAGGUCCGCCAGAGAGAGUGUUUCCCGCCACAGAACGGAGGGCCGAACCUGCACUGA